CGCAUGCUGCGCCCCCACUCCAGUGGAGGAGUACUCCACUAGGCGGCCACUCCUGUUGACGCCGAGUAUAAACAAAACCCAAAAGCGGCGAGAGCAACCAAAGCCCAAGUUUGUGGGGGGCAAUAGCUCCCGUCGUCUCUCGCCGUCUCGUCACACGAGGAGGAAGAGGUCGAUCGAUCGAUCGAGAUGGGGUCAGAGGCGGCGGCGGCGAGGCCGGUGGUGGUGACGGUGAACGGGGAGAGGUACGAGGCGGUGGGGGUCGACCCGUCGACGACGCUGCUCGAGUUCCUCCGCACGCGGACCCCCGUCCGGGGCCCCAAGCUCGGCUGCGGCGAAGGUGGAUGCGGCGCAUGCGUGGUCGUCGUUUCCAAGUACGACGCCGUCGCCGACGAGGUGACCGAGUUCUCGGCGAGCUCCUGCCUGACGCUGCUCGGCAGCCUGCACCACUGCGCGGUCACCACCAGCGAGGGCAUCGGCAACUCCAGGGAUGGCUUCCACGCCGUGCAGCGGCGGCUCUCCGGCUUCCACGCCUCGCAGUGCGGCUUCUGCACCCCGGGCAUGUGCAUGUCCAUCUACUCCGCGCUCGCCAAGGCCGACAGGUGCUCGUCCCGUCCCUCGCCGCCGCCGGGGUUCUCCAAGCUCACCGCCGCUGAGGCCGAGAAGGCCGUCUCCGGCAACCUGUGCCGCUGCACCGGCUACAGGCCCAUCGUCGACGCGUGCAAGAGCUUCGCCGCCGACGUCGACCUCGAGGACCUUGGCCUCAACGCCUUCUGGAAGAAAGGCGCCGACGACGAGCGCGCUGACGUCGGCAAGCUGCCUGCAUACUCUGGUGGCGCCGCCGUCUGUACGUUCCCGGAGUUCCUCAAGUCGGAGAUAAGGUCAUCCAUGGGUCAAGCGAAUGGUGGCGCUCCGGCGGUGGCGGUCACCGGAGACGGCUGGUUCCACCCCAAGAGCGUCGAGGAGUUCCACAGGUUGUUUGACUCUAACCUGUUCGACGAAAGGUCUGUGAAGAUUGUGGCAUCGAACACCGGCUCCGGAGUGUACAAGGAUCAAGACCUCCAUGACAAGUACAUCAACAUCUCGCAGAUUCUGGAACUCUCAGCCAUCAAUAGAAGCAGCAAGGGCGUCGAGAUCGGAGCUGUCGUGUCUAUCUCCAAAGCCAUUGAGAUAUUGUCGGAUGGAGGCGCAGUGUUCAGAAAGAUUGCCGAUCACCUGAGCAAAGUGGCCUCGUCGUUCGUCCAGAACACGGCGACCAUUGGAGGCAACAUCAUCAUGGCGCAGAGGCUGUCUUUCCCGUCGGACAUCGCAACGGUUCUUCUCGCUGCAGGAUCAACUGUCACCAUCCAGGUGGCCGCCAAGAGGAUGUGCAUCACUCUGGAGGAGUUCUUGAAGCAGCCUCCAUGUGAUUCCAGGACGUUGUUGGUCAGCAUCUCUAUCCCGGAUUGGGGUUCAGAUGAUGGCAUCACCUUUGAGUCGUUUCGUGCGGCUCCUCGUCCACUUGGCAAUGCUGUGUCAUAUGUUAAUUCUGCAUUCUUGGCAAGAAGUUCAGUGGAUGGAUCAUCAGGGAGCCAUCUCAUUGAGGAUGUUUGCUUGGCAUUUGGCGCCUUCGGGGCCGAACACGCCAUCAGAGCUAGGGAGGUUGAGGAGUUCUUGAAGGGAAAAUUGGUUAGUGCACCAGUGAUACUUGAAGCAGUUCGGCUUCUUAAAGGUGUUGUUUCACCAGCUGAAGGCACAACACAUCCUGAAUACAGAGUCAGCUUGGCCGUCAGUUAUCUGUUCAGAUUCCUGACUUCCCUUGCUAAUGGCUUGGAUGAGCCUGAAAAUGCUAAUGUUCCCAAUGGUUCAUGUACUAAUGGAACCGCAAACGGUAGCGCUAAUUCCUCUCCGGAGAAGCACUCAAAUGUUGACAGCUCUGAUUUGCCAAUAAAAUCAAGGCAAGAGAUGGUUUUCUCUGAUGAAUACAAACCUGUUGGAAAGCCGAUCGAGAAAACCGGAGCAGAGCUCCAAGCUUCUGGAGAGGCAGUGUAUGUUGAUGACAUCCCUGCUCCGAAGGAUUGCCUCUAUGGAGCAUUUAUCUAUAGCACACACCCUCACGCUCACAUAAAAGAUAUAAACUUCAGAUCAUCUUUGGCUUCACAGAAGGUCAUCACAGUUAUCACUGCAAAGGACAUUCCUACCGGUGGAGAAAAUAUUGGAUCAUGCUUCCCAAUGCUUGGAGAUGAAGCGCUUUUCGUUCAUCCUGUUUCUGAAUUUGCCGGCCAGAAUAUUGGUGUUGUGAUUGCUGAAACACAAAAGUAUGCCUAUAUGGCGGCGAAGCAAGCUGUGAUCGAAUAUAGUACCGAAAAUCUUCAGCCACCAAUUCUGACAAUAGAAGAUGCUGUCCAGCAUAACAGCUACUUCCCAGUUCCCCCAUUUUUAGCUCCUACGCCAAUUGGUGACUUCAACCAAGCUAUGUCUGAAGCUGAUCACAAGAUCAUAGAUGGGGAGGUGAAACUUGAAUCCCAGUACUAUUUCUACAUGGAGACACAGACGGCCUUAGCUAUCCCUGAUGAAGAUAACUGUAUAACCCUCUAUGUGUCGGCGCAACUACCUGAGAUUACUCAAAAUACUGUUGCGAGGUGCCUUGGCAUUCCAUAUCACAAUGUCCGUAUCAUCACGAGAAGAGUUGGAGGAGGUUUUGGUGGAAAGGCAAUGAAAGCAAUACAUGUUGCCGCUGCAUGUGCUGUCGCCGCAUUCAAGCUGCGGCGUCCGGUUCGAAUGUACCUCGAUCGCAAGACAGACAUGAUCAUGGCGGGAGGGCGGCAUCCGAUGAAGGUAAAGUACUCCGUCGGUUUCAAGUCCGACGGCAAGAUCACGGGUCUGCACUUUGAUCUUGGAAUGAACGGCGGAAUAUCGCCGGAUUGCAGCCCGGUGUUGCCAGUCGCCAUUGUCGGGGCUCUGAAGAAGUACAACUGGGGCGCUCUCUCCUUCGACAUCAAGGUCUGCAAGACGAACGUCUCGUCGAAGUCGGCGAUGCGGGCUCCCGGCGACGCGCAGGGCUCGUUCAUCGCCGAGGCCAUCGUCGAACACAUCGCGUCCACUCUCUCAGUGGACACGAACGCCAUCAGGAGGAAGAACCUCCACGACUUCGAGAGCCUCAAGGUGUUUUAUGGGAAUAGCGCCGGUGAUCCUUCGACGUACAGUCUCGUCACCAUCUUCGACAAGCUGGCCUCGUCGCCGGAGUACCAGCAGAGGGCCGCCAUGGUCGAGCACUUCAACGCCGGCAACAGGUGGAAGAAGCGGGGCAUUUCUUGCGUGCCGAUCACCUACGACGUGAGGCUCCGGCCAACUCCGGGGAAGGUGUCCAUCAUGAACGACGGCUCCAUCGCCGUUGAGGUCGGCGGCGUCGAGAUCGGGCAGGGGCUGUGGACGAAAGUGAAGCAGAUGACAGCGUUCGCGCUGGGCCAGCUCUGCGAUGAUGGCGGCGAGGGCCUCAUCGACAAGGUCCGUGUCAUCCAGGCCGACACCCUGAGCAUGAUCCAGGGAGGCUUCACCGGUGGGAGCACGACCUCCGAGACUAGCUGCGAGGCUGUUCGGAAGUCGUGCGCCGCCCUCGUGGAGAGGUUGAAGCCCAUCAAAGAGAAGGCUGGCACGCCACCAUGGAAAUCCCUUAUUGCCCAGGCAAGCAUGGCGAGUGUGAAGCUGACAGAGCACGCGUACUGGACGCCUGACCCCACGUUCACUAGCUACUUGAACUAUGGAGCUGCAAUUAGUGAGGUGGAAGUCGAUGUGCUGACGGGAGAAACCACCAUCCUGAGGAGCGACCUCGUGUACGACUGUGGGCAGAGCCUGAAUCCUGCUGUGGACUUGGGCCAGGUGGAAGGCGCAUUCGUGCAAGGGAUCGGCUUCUUCACGAACGAGGAGUACACGACCAACUCCGAUGGGCUGGUCAUCAACGACGGCACGUGGACGUACAAGAUCCCCACCGUGGACACCAUCCCCAAGCAGUUCAACGUCGAGCUCAUCAACAGCGCCCGCGAUCACAAGCGCGUCCUCUCCUCCAAAGCGUCCGGUGAGCCGCCGCUGCUGCUGGCGUCGUCGGUGCACUGCGCGAUGAGGGAGGCGAUCAGGGCGGCCAGGAAGGAGUUCGCCGGCGCCGGAGGCUCGCCGCUGACGUUCCAGAUGGACGUGCCGGCGACGAUGCCGAUCGUCAAGGAGCUCUGCGGCCUUGACGUCGUGGAGAGAUAUCUCGAGAGCUUUGCUGCCAAAGCCUAGAGAUAGAAGGGUUCUUUGGCUUAGCUUUGUAUAAACACCAACAAUAAUCUGCGCCUGGAUUUGUGUUGAUGUGGUAUAUAUGUACAGAACAAAAGGUGUUUUUUUGGGAAAAAUAAAAUCAUAUGGAUGGUAUUGUUCUAUCA